AUGUUUUAUUCAUGCAAAUCUGCGAAAACUGCACAAAGCCAAUUGACUUAUGCUUACACACAUUGUCAUAAUUUCCUUUCUACACCUUUGCGUUCAUUAAACUUGUUCUGUGAUUGUGAAUUCAUGAACACAUUGGCUAAAUUUUACAUUCCCUUGCGACAUCAGACUCUCUUGAAUGGGGAGAGUGUUAGCCAUGAUAUUUAUUAUCAAGAUCAGUUGACGAUGUUGCAAGUUGUCAAUGAUGAUUCGUCAAUUAAAAGUUCAGCGUCUGGUGAUGAUGCGUGA